UUUCCUUCUUUUCCUCUUUCCUCCCUUCCUUGGGCAAUGCAGGGCUCUCCUCCUUGCUGCGCAGGCAGUGGCUGCUGAGCCAAGGACCCACCAGCAGCAGGGAUCGGGGCCCAGGCGCAGAGGGGAUGGUGCUAGAAGGUAGCCCUGAAGCAGUGACCUCCCAGUCGAUCGACCUCCGGCGAGCUUGUCCCAAAAGCGGCCGCAUUUACCCGUCUCCCGGGGACAGCCUCCUCUUGACCAAGGAACCAGUGAAGUAUGGGGAGCUGAUUGUAUUGGGGUACAAUGGCUCCUUGCCCAACGGCGACAAGGGCCGGCGCCGGAGCCGUUUGGCCCUGUUCAAGAGGCCCAAGCCCAAUGGGGUCAAGCCGGAUGUCAUCCACCACAUUUCCACACCUCUUGUGUCCAAGGCACUGAGUAACAAAGGCCAACACAGCAUCUCAUACACACUUUCCCGGAGCCACUCGGUCAUUGUGGAAUACACCCACGACAGCGAAACCGACAUGUUCCAGAUUGGCCGCUCCACAGAAAGUAUGAUAGACUUUGUGGUGACGGACACGACUCCCGGGUCCAGUUCGGCCAUCGACGGCCAGUCGGCCCAAAGCACCAUCUCCCGCUUCGCCUGCCGGGUCAUCUGCGAGAGGAACCCUCCUUACACCGCGCGCAUUUACGCCGCUGGCUUUGACGCUUCCCGCAACAUUUUCCUUGGAGAGAGGGCAGCUAAGUGGAGGACUCCGGACGGACUGAUGGACGGCUUGACCACGAACGGCGUCCUGGUGAUGCAUCCCAACGGGGGCUUUAGCGAGGACUCGACGCCCGGCGUGUGGCGCGAGAUUUCCGUGUGUGGGAAUGUGUAUGCCUUGCGGGACAGUCGCUCCGCACAGCAGCGAGGGAAGCUGGUGGAAUCCGAAUCGAAUGUGCUCCAGGACGGCUCGCUGAUCGACCUGUGUGGCGCCACGCUCCUGUGGCGGACUUCAGAAGGGCUCCUGCGCACCCCGACGCUGCAGCAGCUGGAGGCACUGCGCCAGGAGAUCAAUGCCGCCCGCCCGCAGUGCCCCGUGGGCUUCAGCACCCUGGCCUUUCCCAGCCUGGCGCAGAGGGGAGUGGUGGAGAAGAAGCAGCCCUGGGUCUACGUCAACUGCGGCCACGUCCACGGCUUCCACAACUGGGGCUUCCGCAAGGAGAAAGGGGGCCUGGAGCGGGAGUGCCCCAUGUGCCGGCGGUCAGGCCCCUACGUGCCGCUGUGGCUGGGCUGCGAAGCCGGGCUCUACCUGGACGCCGGGCGGCCCACCCAUGCCUUCUGCCCCUGCGGCCACGUCUGCUCUGCCAAGACUGUGCAGUACUGGUCCCAGAUCCCCUUGCCCCACGGCACCCACGCCUUCCACGCCGCCUGCCCCUUCUGCGGCACCUGGCUCACCGGCCAACAGGGCUUCGUCCGCCUCAUCUUCCAGGGACCCCUCGACUGAGACCGGGCGGGCGGUGGGUGACGGGUUGGCAGGGUGGGGAUGGAGAUGGCAAAUAAACAGCAACA